AUGGCUGGACCUCAUCCAAAGACUUACAUGGGCUGGUGGGGCAGCUUGGGCUCCCCUAAGCAGAAGUACGUCAACAUUUACACUGUGUCCCCGUACGCUACCAGACCUUUGAAGGGUGCAUUGCACAACUCCAUCUUCAACACCUUCAGAAGAUUCAAGAACCAGGUUCUUUACGUGGCCAUCCCUGCCGCCAUCGUCUGGACUAUCAACUCAAAGGCGACUGAGUACAACGAGUACUUGUACACCAAGGCUGGUAGAGAGGAGUUGGAGAAAGUCAACGUUUAA